AUGCCGGAUAAAGUUAAAAAUAAAGACUUGAACGAAAAUCCUUUUGAAUGCUUAGAGUGUGGAAAGAGAUUCAGUCAGAGUGGCAGUCUUCAAAGGCAUCAGAGAACCCACACAGGGGAGAAGCCUUUUGAAUGCUCAGAGUGUGGAAAGAGAUUCAUGUGGAGAGGCUAUCUUCAAAAGCAUCAGAGAACCCACACAGAGGAGAAGCCUUUUGAAUGCUCAGAAACCCACAAAGGGAAGAAGCCUUUUGAAUGCUCAGAGUGUGGAAAGACAUUCAGUCAGAGUGGCGAUCUUCAAAGGCAUCAGAGAACCCACACAGGGGAGAAGCCUUUUGAAUGCUCAGAGUGUGGAAAGAGAUUCAUGUGGAGAGGCUAUCUUCAAAAGCAUCAGAGAACCCACACAGGGGAGAACCCUUUUGAAUGCUCAGAGUGUGGAAAGAGAUUUAGUACGAGUGGCAGUCUUCAAUAUCAUCUGAGAACCCACACAGGGGGAAAGCCUUUUGAAUGCUCAGAGUGUGGAAAGAGAUUCAUGAGGAGUAGCAGUCUUCAAAUGCAUCAGAGAACCCACACAGGGGAGAAGCCUUUUGAAUGCUCAGAGUGUGGAAAGAGAUUUAGUACAAGUGGCAGUCUUCAAUAUCAUCAGAGAACCCACACAGGGGAAAAGCCUUUUGAAUGCUCAGAGUGUGGAAAGAGAUUCAGUCGGAGUGGCCAUCUUCAAACACAUCAGAGAACCCACACAGGAGAGAAACCUUUUGAAUGCUGGGAGUGUGGAAAGAGAUUUAGUACUAGUAGCAGUAUUCAAAUACAUCAGAGAACUCACACAGGGGAGAAACCUUUUGAAUGCUCAGAGUGUGGAAAGACAUUCAGUCAGAGUGGCCAUCUUCAAACACAUCAGGGAACCCACACAAGGGAGAAGCCUUUUGAAUGCUCAGAGUGUGGAAAGAGAUUCAUGUGGAGAGGCAAUCUUCAAAACCAUCAGAGAACCCACACAGGGGAGAAGCCUUUUGAAUGCUCAGAGUGUGGAAAGAGAUUCAGUCAGAGUGGCAAUCUUCAAUAUCAUCAGAGAACCCACACAGGGGUGAAGCCUUUUGAAUACUCAGAGUGUGAAAAGAGAUUCAGUGAGAGUGGCAGUCCUCAAAAGCAUCAGAGAACCCACACUGGGAAGAAGCCUUUUGAAUGCUUGGAGUGUGGAAAGAGAUAUAGUACGAGUGGCAGUCUUCAGUAUCAUCAGAGAACCCACACAGGGGAGAAGCCUUUUGAAUGCUCAGUGUGUGGAAAGAGCUUCAUGUGGAGUGGCAGUCUUCAAAGGCAUCAGAGAAACCACACAGGGGAGAAGCCUUUUGAAUGCACAGCGUGUGGAAAGAGAUUCAAUCAGAGUGGCAAUCUUCAAAGGCAUCAGAGAACCCACACAGGGAAGAAACCUUUUGAAUGUUCAGAGUGUGGAAAGACAUUCACUCAGAGUGGCCAUCUUCAAACACAUCAGAGGACCCACACAGUGGAGUAG